UCAACAUCGCCACACCACCAGCGACUAGAGCGACUAGAGCGACAACAGAGCCAGGCACCACGUCGACAGCGAAGGCACCAACCACCACCACCGCAUCAUCAUCAACAACAACAACAACAAAGAAGAGUGGUCACGCACCGGCCCGACGGGGCUGCCGCCGUGGUGGUGGUGGUGGUGGUCACCGCGGUCGUGGUUGUGCUCGAGGGGGAGGAGGUUGCGGCAGCCGUGGCGACCGCCAUGUGCGAGGCGGAGGAGCGCGCGGACAGCCUGGAGGGGUGGGUGGCCAUCCGCGCCGACGCCUUCAAGGAGGAGGCGCGGCGCCGCGUGGCCUUCAUGGUGGCGUGGAACGACGUGGAGCAGAAGGCGGCCAUCAGCUGCCACGACCGCACGGCCCAGCGGGAGCGGGCCCUGAGGGCGGCGCGGGGUGGCCCUGGGCAGCAGCAGCAGCAGCAGCAGCAGGUGGAGGUGGUGGUGGAGGUGGUGGAGGAGGUGGGAGACACGAGCUGGGCCGGCCUCUUCUCGUGCGAGGAGCUGCGCGGCCUCCACGUGCAGCUGAGCGCGCUGAGUCCCGCGCUCGAGGCCUGGGUCCCGGCCUUCCCCGAGUCGCCCUCGGGGGUGUGGGCGCUGCUGUUCCCGGCCCACGCCGGGCGGCUGCGCGACCCCGAGCGGGAGGCGCUCUGCUCGGCGCUGCAGCUCUACCUGGCGGCGGCUCUGGACGCGUGCGGCUGGACCGUGCUGCGGGAGCUCAUGUUCGGGCAGGACGACGAGCUGGAGCGAUACUACGAGAGCCUCAGCGACCUGCGGCGCGCGGGCCACGAGGCGGCCCUCACGCGGGCCAAGGCCGCGCUCAGGGCGACGUUUGAGCAGCACAAGCGCACGGAGCGCCUGGUGGACAUGCUGUGCGUGUACGCGGCGGAGGACGACGCGUACGAGCAGCUGGUCACCGCCGCCGCCGAGCUGCACCAGUACCUGCUGCAGCCCUUCCGCGACAUGCGCGAGCUCGCCAUGCUGCAGCGCCAGCUCAUCCGGAAGACGCUGGAUUCGGAGGAGCUGGGCCCCCGGCGUGUGCAGGAGCUGCAGCGCGAGGAGCAGGACUGGGCGCAGAAGGCGGAGCACGCGGUGCACGCUAUCCAGGACAUCACCGUGCAGUACUUCCACACCACCGUCAAGGCCCUCAAGGCCCUGCUGAGUCAGAUGGAGGCCGACGAGCGGCAGUUUGGGCAGGCGGCGUGGGGCACGGUGCAGCAGCGCCUCGAGCGCCUGCGCUUCCUCGUCGCCAAGGAGACGCUGCAGCUGAUGCGGGGACGCGAGAUGUGUCUCACACGCAAGCGGCAAGACAUCAAGCGUGAGAUGUCGGAGAUGACGGCGGGCGAGGACGCGCAGGAGCAGCUCGACGCGCUGGAGCGCAACUUCUACGGCGUGCAGCUGGAGCUGUACGCGGCGCAGCUGGAGAGCCUGCGCUGCGAGGAGCAGCUGCUCACCACCUCGCUCGACUCGCUCAAGCGGCAGAUCCGCGAGCGCGAGGACGAGGUGACGUACUUCGACGCGUACGAGAGCCUGGAGGACCUGGAGGCCUCCGUGCACUUCCGUGCCCAGCAGGCGGCGGGGGCGGCGGAGACGGCGCGGCUCCGCCAACAGGCGCUGCGGCUGCAGAGCAAGCGGGCGCGCAUAUCCUCUAAGCGCGCGUACCUGCGCAGCAAGCGGGAGACGUGCAUCGCUCGGCAAAGGCAGAAGGAGCAGGAGCAGGAGCAGCGCGACGAGCGCUACCGGCAGCACCACGCCGUGCACCUGAAGCGGGAGCAGCAUCGGGAGGGGAGGAGGAGGGAGAGCGAGCGAGUGCAGAGCGAGCGGCAGAAGACGCUGGAGCGGCUGCAGGCGUACCGCCAGAAACACCCACAGCAGAUGGUGCUGCGACCUCCACGCUACCAACCCCCGAGCACACGGCGCGGCGGCGGCGGCACCAUCAGCGCCGUGAGCAGCCGCUCCCCGUCGCUCCUGUCGCUCUGCUCCGUCUCCUCAUCCUCCUCGUCGCCAUCGUCGCGGCCGCAGCCGCUGCUCCACACCGAGACCCCCAAACCGUGGCAGGCGCCGGCACGCAAGCCCGAGCGGGGGGCCCGGGCCCCACGCGCCCCCCGCGACAUCCCCGUUCACAUCUUCUGCGCGGGGCCGCCCGCGGGAGGCGGUGCGGGGGCGGACGAAGCCGGAAGCGCACCGCGGGACGAGUCUCCUCUGCGGGACGAGUCUCCUCCACGGCCGCUCACGGCGCCGCCGCCGCCGCCUCCCGGCCCUCCCCCUCCGCCGCCCCCCCCUCCCCCGCCGCCGCCGCCCCCCCCGCCGUGCCCCCCGCCCCCUCCCCCGCUGCCAUCGCCGGAUACGCCGGGCGCCGCCGGGACGAGCGGGCGCGCCGAGCGCGCCGAGCGCGUGGCCCGGAAGGAGGCGGCGGCGGCGCCGGUCGCCACGCUGCUGCUCGACACGGGGCUGCUGCGCGACGCGCGAAGCCGCCUGCGCAGCGCGGCACGCAGCAGCAACGGCGGGGACGGCAAUGCGGCCCCCACAGCGGAGCGCAGGGGCUCUCCCAUGGACGAGGUGCUGGCGUCGCUGAAACGCGGCGGCUUCCACCUGCGCAAGGUGGCGGAGCGGCAGGCAGCGCCCUGCGAGAGCGACGAGGGCGACGAGGACAGCCUCAUGGCGCAGAUCCGCCGCGGCGUGAAGCUCAAGAAGGUGGUGCCCGGUGGCACGGACGUCGACGGGCCCCGCACCUACCCCGACGCAGACCCCCUCACGCGGAGCAUCCGCCAGGCGAUGAUGAGGAUCAAGGAGGCGUCGCCCGACUCGGACGAGGAGGAGGAGGAAGAGGAAAACAUGACGAGCGGCGAGUGGGAGAGCUGAGCGUCGCCCGCCCCGGGGCCCGGCGCACCAACGUGGCCGCGCCCGUGGGGGGAGGGGGAGGAGAGGGCUCCGGUCGCCGUGCGGCCUGCGCGAGCCGGGAGCUGCCGGGGCCUCGGCCGGCGGGGUGCACGGCA